AUGGAAGCAAACUACGUUUAUCUUGACGGCACGACUGUGAGAGAACAGAUCAUCGGAAUAGGAGGGACAGGCAUUGUCGUCCUGCGACGAGGGUACGCAUACAAAAUACCUCUAAUAUCCAAGAUUAUCAAGAUUGACGGAGUUCCCUUCGACUCUGGAAAAUUAUUACCCUCCAGAGAAGGCGAUUAUGACGAGCGCGCCACGGCUGUCAAGGCUUUCGAGCACGAAAAGGCCAUCUAUAGAAGAUUGGGCGACCACCCUGGGAUCAUUCGCUGCUACAAUCUUCAAUCCCCCGACCCCUCAAUCCAGAUGCCAUUGAUGGAGGGCGACCUGAGACAUUAUCUGGAUCAGACGACGCGGCCUGGAAAAGAGACGCUACUAUCCUGGAUGACCCAACUGGCGCACGCCAUGUCCCACAUCCAUUCCCGCCACGUCAUAAUCGCCGACUUCCGUUUAGACAACGUCGUCUUUGACGAGAAGAUGCGUAUCAAGCUCGUUGACUUCUCCGAGUGCUCUCUUAUGCCGCUUGACUGGGAUCUCGACGACUGUGAUGAAAAUGGCUUUUCGACAUGGACCGAUAUUGGCCAGUUCGGGGCGGUCAUGUUCGAUAUGAUAACGGGCCAGUGUUGUGCCUUUGACAUCUAUCAAGACUGGGAGCAGGUCGGAGACCCGACGACCUGGCCUCGACGCGAUUCUCUCCCGUCAACGAGCGGAGUAUGGUUAGGUUCCAUCAUCGAAAAGUGCUGGACUAAGCAAUUUCCGUCGGCGCGAAAUCUUGCAGAAGAGCUGGACAGGGAAAAUGAUAUGCUCCUAUCAAAAUGA